UCAAUACCAUCAUCGUCACUUUACAUAAAAUUUCAAUUUGAAAAGUAGACAAAUUAAUUGGCUAUAAACUUGACAAAUUAAAGGAAAGACUAAAAUAAUCCCAAUAAAAAAUGAAGACCAAAGUUCUAUUUGUGACCAGCCAAAGUUAACUCUGCCAAACCAGAGAUUUAACUUUCCACCAUGAGAAACGGCUAAACUUUCUCAUUCUUUUCUGGCUGCAUGAUUGUCGUAACGCAAGACAAAGUACAGUUAGGCUUCACUCUUCCAUAGUUAUAAAUGCAAUGAUGAAGUAACAUAAAGGACAAGAGAGCAAAGAAACCAAACCCCACAAAAAAUAUGUCUAAGUUGUCUCUUUUUCUCCUCCUUCGCUUCUGUUUUCUCUUCACCAUUUCUUCAUCUUCUACCAACAUACCUCUAGGUUCAACUCUUCACGCUUCAUAUAGAAACCAGUCCUGGUCGUCACCCAACUUCACUUUCUCACUUUCCUUCAUUCCUGUUACUCCCUUUUCUUUUGUAGCUGCCAUCACCUAUUCCGUUGGAAACGUUACGGUAUGGUCAGCCGGUGAUGGCACUGGAGCUGUUGUUGAUUCUGGUGGGACAUUAGAUUUGCUUCCCACCGGUGCCCUCCGCCUAACUAAUGGCUCCGGUACUAUUGUUUGGGACUCUACUACUGCUAACAGAGGAGUUUCUCAUGCUUCUCUUGAUGAUUUAGGCAACUUUCAGCUGCUUAACAAUGAUGGUUUUCCAAUAUGGUCUUCGUUCGAGAACCCAACUGAUACUGUCAUUCCUUCACAGAAUUUUACCGUUGGUAAGAUUUUGCGCUCAGGUUCUUACUCGUUAUCUCUUCAUGGAUCAGGUAAUCUUACUUUAAACUGGAAUAACAGUGUAGAAUACUGGAGUUUAGGAUUCAACUCUUCCAUCAAUAGGAAUUUGACUGCACCUAGGUUUAGAUUGCAGUCUAAUGGGAUUUUGGUAGCUUUAGAUCCUUCAUUUCCUAGUGGAAUGUUUAUGGCUUAUAGUACUGACUAUGGUGAAGGGAACGAUGUGUUCAGAUUUUUAAGGAUAAACAGUGAUGGUAAUUUGAGAAUUUAUAGCGUUACUAGGGAGAAUGGGAAUAUAACCCCGACAUGGGUAGCUGUAACUGAUCAGUGUCAGGUUUUUGGAUAUUGUGGCAACAUGGGUAUUUGCAGUUACAAAGAUGUGAAUCCGAUUUGUGGAUGCCCAUCUCAGAAUUUUGAGCUUAUUGAUGUAAAUGAUAGCAGAAAAGGAUGCAAGAGGAAAGUGGAGAUUGGGGAUUGUCCACGGAAUGCUACCAUGUUAGAAUUAGGACAUACUAAAUUUUUAACUUAUCCACCUGAGGUUUCCUCUCAGACAUUCACUGUGGGAAUUACAGCUUGUAGAAUGAAUUGUCUUGUCAGUAGUUCUUGCAGUGCUUCCACUUUAGUAGCUGAUGGAAGUGGAUUUUGUUACAUGAAAACGCCAAAUUUUGUCAGCGGUUACCAGAGUGCGGUUCUUCCUAGCACCUCAUUCGUGAAAGUUUGUGGACAAACGGUUCCAAAUCCAUCUCCUUACCAAGAAACAUCCGGGAAUGAUAACAAUUCGCGGUUGCAUGCGUUGGUUGUUGUGGUUGUGAUUUUGGCCACCCUUCUGGUUUUGGUUGUAUUAAUGAUUGGUUUUUGGUGCUGUUUUUACGGAAAUAGUGACAAAUUUGGGCAUAUGUCAGCUCAAUAUGCACUUGUUGAUUAUGCAUCUGGUGCGCCAAUGAAGUUCUCAUACAAGGAGCUGCAACAGUCAACAAAGGGGUUUUCAGAGAGGCUGGGAGGAGGAGGUUUUGGGGCUGUUUACAGAGGAACACUUGCAAAUAGAAUGGUGGUUGCUGUGAAGCAACUAGAGGGAAUUGAGCAGGGGGAGAAACAGUUCAGGAUGGAAGUUGCAACUAUUAGUAGCACACACCAUUUGAAUUUGGUGAGAUUGGUGGGAUUUUGCUCUGAUGGCCGUCACAGGCUUUUGGUAUACGAAUUCUUGAAAAAUGGUUCACUUGACAAUUUCCUUUUCAUGUCGAAUAACGAGUCCGAAAAAUCAUUGAAUUGGCAAAAUCGAUUUAAUAUCGCAGUUGGAACAGCUAGGGGAAUCACCUAUCUUCAUGAGGAAUGUCGAGACUGCAUAAUUCACUGCGAUAUAAAGCCGGAAAACAUUCUCUUGGAUGAAAUUUACACUGCUAAAGUGUCAGAUUUUGGCCUUGCAAAGCUUAUGAAUGCAAAGGAUCAGAGGUACUUGUCCUUGGCAAGUAUUAGAGGGACAAGAGGGUAUUUGGCACCAGAGUGGCUUGCAAAUCUUCCAAUAACUUCAAAAUGCGAUGUUUAUAGUUAUGGGAUGGUUUUACUAGAGAUAGUGAGUGGGAAAAGGAAUUUUGAGGUCUCAGCAGAAACAGAAGGUAAAAAAUUCUCUGUGUGGGCUUAUCAGGAGUUUGAAAAGGGCAAUUUUGAGGGCAUUGUUGACAAAAGACUAGAAGAAGCUGACACUAAGCAAGUGGUGAGGGCAAUUCUGGUGAGCUUUUGGUGCAUCCAGGAGCAACCAUCCCAGAGGCCAAUGAUGGGAAAAGUGGUGCAGAUGCUAGAAGGAGUCAUUGAUAUUGAGAGGCCACCUGCUCCAAAAGUGGUUGCUGAAGGCUCCACGAGUGGAACAAGCAUAACUCAGAACAGUAAUGUCAGUGUUCUUUCAACAUAUGCAGCUUCCACCGCUGCUCCCUCUUCUUCUUCUUCUUCUUCAUCAUUCCUGACCAUAGGAGUUUUGCCUCCAACAUCAGAGAGUGAUAUGGGGAGGGAGUCUUCUUCUUUAUUAGGCUUAGAGAAAACUCACACAGAUCCCUACUCGUGAUUCGCCCACAUAAAACUGCUUUUCUUCUCUACACCCAAAUUGUUUUAAGCACAACAAUCAUUUUGGUAGAUUCCUGUAAACAAUCAAAUCAAAUUCUGCUGUA